UUCUUCCGGGUUUUGUUGGGUUACCAUGGUGGAGGGAGCGGCGGAUUUGGAGGAUUUUCGUCGCCGCUGGAGAGCGGAGUUGUCUCGCAGCCGGAGGAGCGCCGGCGAUGGCUGCCCGAGGCGGAAGAGGCAUCGGCGGCAGCAGGCGGAGGCGGAAGGGGCAGCCCCGGAGCCCGUGCAGGGGUGGGGAGGCUUUGGGGGGAUCCCUUGUGAAGAUCCGGUCGCUGAGCCUUGCAGACGCCUCCGUAGCCCCAGCACGCCGGUCCCCGGGCCGCCUCUCGCGCCUGGCCCCGACUGCACCGAUGAGACCCCCGGAGGAGGGAAGGAAGACUUUUUGGGGCAGCUCAUCCUGGACUUGAACGAAAUAAAUGAAGUUCCCUUCUUUGAUGUCCAGCUGCCUUACGAACUGGCAUUAAAAAUCUUCUGGUUCCUUGGUAGGACGGAGCUGGGAAGGUGUGCUCAGGUGAGCAGAGCCUGGAAAAUACUUGCAGAAGACCAAGUCCUCUGGUUCCGGUUGUGCCGACAGGAAGGCUACAGGUGUGACAGUCAGAUCUCCGACUCUCCUUGCUGGAAAGGGACUCUCCGAGAAUGUCGGGCAAAGGAGCAGGCUUUAAGAACCAACUGGAAGAAUCGCAUUGGUGCUGUGAGCCAGCUGCAGUACGAACUUGGGAAAGUUCUGUGUGAUGUACAUUCUUGCGACGGAGUGGCUAUUGCUGGGUACACAUCAGGGGAUGUGAAGUUGUGGGACACCCGCACCUGGGACUACACGGCCCCUGUCCUAGAACCAGAGCACGUUUUGGCUGAGCCUGGACUUCGGCCACACGCCUCCUUUGUGAGGAUAAACAGAUCGCUGGCAGUGGCAGCUUAUGAGGAUGGGGUGGUCAAGGUGUGGAGCCUGAUGAUUGGUCGGGAGCCCAUCCAUCAUUACCAGCACAAUCAAAAGAUACACGCCGUGGCCCUUGCCCCCGAGGGAGCGACUGUAGCAACUGCAUCUGCCUUCCAGGUCAAAGUGGAAAGUGCUAAUGACAAGGGGUUCUGGGAGACAGUUGCAGACUUUGAAAUCCAGAAACUGGUCAACUCGCUUAACCUGGUCCCCAAAGUUACAUGCGGUCCUGUCGCAGUAGCCGCCGCAGAUGAGGACGUUUACCUUCUGAAGGCAGGAGAACCCACAAAAAUUCUGCAUUCUGUCUACGGCCUGCCUGUCACAUGUCUGGAUGUCUCAGCCAACGAAGCAGCAUUUGGAGUCAAAGGCUUCAGCUGGCAGAUCAAUGAGACAAAUAAGAUCCUCCUCUACAACCUGGAAACUGGACAGUGCACCGCACAGCUAGGCAGCUCCUUGGGCGAGUUCUCCUGUGUCAAUCUCCGGGAUAGCCCUCCUUGCAUGUUGGUGUCCGGAAAUAAGGACAGGAGAGUGAGGGUAUUCGACCUCCGUCAGAGCAACCCUGUCUGCUCACUGUACGGUCACCAGCUGGGCAUCUCUGCUGUGCAGAUGGAUGACUGGAAGGUUGUCAGCGGAGGAGAGGACGGGCUGGUCUGUGUGUGGGACCAGCGGAUGGGCACCAAACUCUGGGAAAUGCAUGCCAGGCACCCUGUCCGCUACGUCUGGUUUAACAGCCACAGCCUCAUCACUGCGAACAUUCCCAACGAGAAGGUGCCCCGUGGCGCCAGCAUCAUGGAUGAUGACCUGACGGCUCAUCGCAGGCAUCGAGGAAUCAUCUACGCCUACGAGUUCUCUGUGGACCAGUUAGCUGUGGAAAGCGUCCUUCCCAUCUGUCGCUCCUCCUACGACGAAACGAUCGGUUACAACUACAACAUCGGCCUGGCCGUCCCCUACGACAACAUCUAGGUAGCCGGUCUCCAUCUGCCAAUAGGAAAAGUCGUGCUGCAGGGCGAAGGCCUGGUUCAGAAUUUGGAGACAAGGGGCUGUAGGGGAGCUGCUGAACCCCCCACCCCCCAAACGUAACACAAGAGAAGAGGCCAACGGAGGAGAAUGAACAGGAGACUGCCUCAGACCCCAGCCAGGCAGCUGAGAAGGCCCAGCGGAAUCCAAAAGGAGGUGCUGGCCCAAGGCAAGGAAGAGAAGUCGUUGUAAACAGGAGUGGCAGGCCGGGAAAACGUCCAUGGCUUGAUUAUUUACGUAGUGGAGGGAAGGGGGCUGAAACCAUAAGCAGCAGGGGUAGGGAGAUACAGAGGAAGGAGCCAUGUAAACGAAAAAGGACCUGUCUCCUACGAAUGGAGAAAACAAAAAUUUCAUUCUGUAGCCCCACGAGUGAGUCUGGCUACAGCUCCCCUCAAGGGAGUGAAACAAAUGUGGAAAAACAGACUUUUUGUUCUCGACAGGUUUAAAUGAACGUAUUCUUGUUGUGUAAGAAAGCAUGCUUUGUUAAAGCAUCAGCUGUUCUUCAGGAAACCUGAAGUCAUACCCUUCAUUAAAUUGUAAGCAUCACCUCAGGAAUUUCAAGGGGACGUUUGUGGGAGCAGGGCUUGAACGUUGCGGUAUCUUUGGCUGCUUGCGGUCUCUCUUGCAUUGCGCCGGAGGUUGAACUAAAUGACCCUUGAGGACUCUUCCAGCUCCGUUUCCGUGUACAGGAGCCGUCUAGUUCUUAGAAACUCUUAACAGAGGAAGCGGCUAUACUGACUAGCGCGUGAAGGGAUUUUAAAAUGUUGACAUGUAGCUCAGUCUCUUGACCCUGUUGCUGGCUCUCCAGAGUAACUGGUAGGCCAGCGUCCAAACUAAUUAUUUCUUUUCAAACUAGCAAAUCUGUUUAAAUUAGCCAAACAGUCCUGGUGUUAAACAAUUAUGUUAUCUUGCUUCUAUGUCUGCAUUGCUGGCCAAUGACCGUAAUAAAGAUUGAAUUGAAA